CCAUGCUACCCGAGAGUCAUUUACAAGUCGAGCCUCAUUCUGAACCGAGAGUAAGACGUCGAGAUAUUCUACGAAGUCUGGCUUCAAGAUCUACAACACGAGUCAUGAGCGAGCUCAGCAAGUUGUACUAUCCACCAGAUCAUGACCAAGAAUCCAACAUCACACCGCGUUCUCAGGAAUUACACAGAACAGACACUGAUGACAUAAACAACGUUAUAAACAGUCCACAAGAUACUAUAACACCACAUUGCAUGCUUUAUCCUACAUACGCCACACAAAUAGAGACUGAAGAAGGUACUCGAUGGAAAAUGGAUAUUGGUGGAUGGGUGUAUGCCAUGCCAAGUCCAGGAAGAAUGGAGAGGCUUUUAUUGGCGGUUGGGCGUACCUAUGGCGGCUUAAUGGUCAAUUCGGCUGAAGAUAAUCAUUUUGUAAGCUUAUUGAACCAGUUCAGGUGUCAAACAAUACGCAAUAUCGAUGUAAAUAUUCGCCUCGGAAAAGCUAUCGAAAGUAUGGGUAAGCUUGUGCAUGAGCACGAGCAAAGGAAAGCAGAGGAGGGUGAAGCGGAGGAGGCUGGUACAUCAAUGAUGUUGAGUUCUGGACCAAGUGGUCGAUUCCAAGAUACAUGGAUGUUAAAUCCAGUCGACUGCGAGAACUCCAUAGAAAAAAAACUACUCCAACUGGAAGCAAUCUUUGACGGUGUUAAUAUUCCAAAUAGAGGUUUAGUGGACCUUAUCGACUCUGAGGGAAUAUCAGUAAUAUCAGAUAUUGAUGAUACUAUAAAAAUCACAGGUGUGUUAGAUGGCAGGGAUGCAAUCUUACGAAACACAUUCUUCAAAAAAGCACAAGAAGUCCCAGGAAUGUCCAAGGUGUAUCAGACUUGGGCAGACCAAGGCAUACACAUACAUUAUGUCUCAAACUCACCAUGGCAGGUCUAUCCUGCUCUGAGGGAGUUCUUUGAACAAGUCAAAUUUCCUCAAGGAAGCAUGCAUCUUCGUGUUAUCAACACUCAAGAUAUUAUCAGGGGUAAGCCGAUGCAGCACAAGUUGGAUGUUAUCCCUCGAAUUAUUCAGGAUUUUCCAAAGAGGAAGUUUAUCCUUAUAGGCGAUUCCGGAGAGCAUGACCCAGAAAUAUAUCAAGAGAUUUAUCGACAGUUCCCUGAUCAAAUCAUCAAAGUCUUUAUACGAGAUGUUUCUAGUGAGCUGGCAAUUCACGCAGACAACAACAAAGACACUUCCUCAUCAGAGAGAAUGUACAACAUCAUCCGUAAAUUCAUAUCGCAGGAACACAGUACAUUGAAGCGCACAAAUACUUCUCAGACAGCCAUGGAUGCAAUCACAAAUACAGAGGUACCCAAGUCACAACAAGUUGCUAUGGAUCCAAGUGUCCCACAGGCAACCAGACUUGAAUUGUUCAAGGAGAGAAUGGAACAAGCUGCAAGUGAUAUGAAAGAGGGUGCUUUUACUGUUUUCAAAUCCUCUACUCAGCUAAUAACAGAUCCUGUUGUGACAGAAGAGUUUUUAGUUGCCAGCUCAACUUCAUUAAGCAUAUAAACCAGAAAAUCCAUCAGAUUGAGUUUUUCAUUCUAAACAUCGCACACACACUUGCAUAUAACAUAUAGGUGUAAUGUGGACUUUUCUUUGUUUUACUUUAACUAAAUUACAAAUUAAUACUAUAAUAUAAUCAAUAUUCACGGAUCGCUUU